CAUUUUGGAAGUCAUUUAUAGAGAUGAGGAUUUGACAACUUGGAAUCUCAAAGUAGGAUCGCAAUGGUGGAUGUGGAAGUGACAUUUGAAUAUGCAGCAGAACAGGAAGAUGAACUCAACAUCAAAGUGGGAGACAUCAUCAAAAAUGUCACUAUGUCUGAAGGAGGCUGGUGGGAAGGUGAACUCAAUGGUAAAACUGGCAUGUUCCCAGACAAUUUUGUCAAGGUGAUAGAGAAGGCCAAACCCACCAAAAUAAAGGAGGAAUUACCUCACAAUAAACACAGAGGGGCAUCAGUCAGAGAACUCGCUAGUAAAAUCAAAAGUGAUUUACAUGUAGGAAUGACAGCACCAAAAAAGAAAGAAUUACAGCCCAACGUCAAGAGAAAAAGAGCCAAGGUAGUAUAUUCUUAUGACCCAGAAAAGGAUGACGAGCUGAAGUUGGAAGUUGGGGACAUUGUAGAUAUUUUGAAGCAGGAAGAAGAAGGCUGGUGGGAAGGCAAUGUGAAUGGAAGAACCGGCGUGUUUCCUUCUAACUUUGUUGAAGAGAUUGAAGAAUCAGAGCCAGAAAAAACUCCUGAGGAGAAACCAGCUGAACCAACAAUAGAAGGCAAGAAGAAGCUGAUUGGAGGUGUAGGUUUAGGCAAUAUAUUUGGAUCAGGACCAAUCAAACUCAAACCCACGAGUGUGAAGACUUCAGAAAAGGUUUCCCAUUCACCCCCUGAUCUACCAGUCAAACAUACAGAAGAAGAAAGCAAACCUCAUAUAGUUACAAAGCGUGAAAAGCCAGUGGAUAGAGCUGUUGUACGAUAUUCCUACACUGCAGACAACGAUGAUGAGUUGACCCUACAGGAAGGGGAGAUAAUUACUAUUCUAGACAGAGACCUGGAAGAUGCAGGAUGGUGGAAGGGUGAGGUGAACGGUCGAAUCGGAGUGUUUCCUGACAACUUUGUAGAGGACUUACCAGCUGAAGAGCCACGUCCCAAGAAGCCCCCACCACCAGGAUCCAACAAACAGCCACCAAAACUUCCAGAGAAGGCACCUGUGUCUGAUGCUGCCAAACAUGACAAACAUGAUAAGCCCCUCCCACCAGAGCCUGUCUCUACAGAGAAGAUGAAGAAAAAGGAGGACCAGACAGAUAAACACCAUCCUCAUGCUCUACCUGGCAAAAAACCCAGUGUACCACCUCCUGUCGGCAGAAAGCCCAUACAGUCGAAACCUGCAGAACCGAAACCUCAGAUUCCUGUACAGAAAGAUGAGCCAAAAGUUACACAUACAAAGGAGGAAAAGAAAGAGACAUCUGGUGACACAUUUGAUAAUGUGCAGACCUCAGACAGAUUGACUCACAUAACUACCACUCGAGCGAAAGGUCCCAGCAAGCGACCCCCAUCACAAGUAAUGUUCCACAAUAAGCAUAAAAACCAAAUGCGUGUUGUUCAGCAGGAUGACUCAAAUGUAAAUGGUGAUAUACCGUCGAUAAAGGAAGUGAAGGAGCCCCCAAAACGUCCCGUAUCCACACACAGUAAGGAGGAGUCUCCACCUGCCAAGCCCCAGCAUGCCCCUGCUAGACCACCAGAGCCCAACCCAGGCAAUGCUAUGCUACUGUCUGCCAUAGAAGAACUCAAGAAGGAAAUACGAGAGUUACGAGCAACAUGUGUAUCUAAAUCAGCUAUGGAGGACUUGCGUAGUGAAAAUGAAAAGUUACGAAUGGAAUUUGAGCACAUCCGAAGUAAACAGUCACGACAAAUAAAAGACUUGAUGGCAGAAGUGGACGAGGAGAAGAAAAUCCGAUUAAACACACAAGUGGAGAUUGAACGAAUCCGCAAACUUCUCACCGAGUCACACGUGUGAUUUUAGCCUGUGUUCUAUUUACUUUCUCAGGAGCAUGCAAGGUGUGCGGGUUGAUCACAGUGCUAUACAUGGUCUUACACAAGUCUGACCCGGUCUCUGAAAUUGAAUUUUGUACACGAUAUGUAAGGCUGUUAUGUUGCUGAAUUUCUAUUGUUGGUGCAGCAGUAAUGAACUGCAUCUGAUGAGACAGUGAGUUUGUGUGUAAAACAUAUAUAGAAAUGUUGAAUUCUCAUCUAGAACUGUAAAGUGAGCAGCUCUCACCCACAUGUAUGUGAGAGAAGUUGUGAGGGUAUACGUGUAAGUAUGGUGAUAAGACAUGGGCAACAAUCAGAUCUAUUUAGAUGAGGUUGUAAGAGAAAGUGCUGAAACAAAGGGGUUUAAAAUGUUACUGUUGAGUAUGUAGGUAGAAAUGUUGAUGUUGUACUGAAGCACAAAACCACAGGAAUCGGUUACCUCAGGGCAGUAGGUUACUGUCAAUUGAUGACUGACUCAUUAGAUACAGGAACUGGUUACCUCAGGGCCGUAGGUUACUGUCAAUUGAUGACUGACUCAUUACACACAGGAACUGGUUACCUCAGGGCAGUAGGUUACUGUCAAUUGAUGACUGACUCAUUAGAUACAGGAACUGGUUACCUCAGGGCAGUAGGUUACUGUCAAUUGAUGACUGACUCAUUAGAUACAGGAACUGGUUACCUCAGGGCCGUAGGUUACUGUCAAUUGAUGACUGACUCAUUAGAUACAGGAACUGGUUACCUCAGGGCCGUAGGUUACUGUCAAUUGAUGACUGACUCAUUAGACACAGGAACUGGUUUCUUUGGGGUGAUAGGUUUCUGUCGAUUUGCAACUGAUACAUUGAACUACAUGAACUGGUUACCGUGGGACUACUGUUAGCCAGUGACUGAGACUAGUGUAGAAUUGGAAUUGAAAUCUAACAUUUCUUGUCAUUAUCACAUGACUUUCCAGGCAGACUGGUAGUUGCCAAGAAGGCUGCAUUGCUGUAUGUUAUAGAAUAUCAUAAAAAAGACAGUUUAAUACAGAAAUAUAUAUAUGAUAUUAUUAUUGGUUCUGUUAAUCAUGUAUAAAGUGUCCUAGGUGCCCUAAUAACAGGCCUUUAAGACAGACUGUCAGGUUAAUCGUUGUUAUUAUACGAACAUGAAAGAUAGUUGAUAUCAGUGAACUCUGCUUUACUUUUGACAAAUGACACUUAUGUACACCACUAACAAAUCACCCAGAUCUGUUUCAAACUUUGUUCAUACUACAUGAAAGUUGUAACUUUGGAAAUCAGAUAAAACUAAAUCAAAUCUCAAAAUCAAAAACUCAUAAUACUUUGUGUUGAUAUAUAACAUUAGGGACUGAUUUCUCGAGUUAAUCUCUGUCUUGGUUUGGAGGCAUUUUCCUUUCUAGGACAAUGCCUUAAUUGCUAGUGGAGCUAGAGUGAGCUUUUUCAACAUACAUUCCUAAUAUCAAGUUCUGUAAGUAGCUUCUAGUUUAUAUACAUUUAUAAAACAUCAAAAGUUAUGAAAUAUUUUGUAUCAUAAAUUGAUAUCCUAUAUAUUACUGCUUUCAUUUAACUGUGUAUGUUCUUCAUUAGUUCUAUCAUUGUAGCCACUGAUGUUAGGUUAGCUGUACAUAGCUACCGACUUUUUAGCUCAGAAGUUUUAAAUAAAGGAAAUUUUCUGGACUUUGUAAGCAUUGUUUCCACCUGAGAUAAUCAUGCAUUAUCAGUGGUAUUUAUGCUCCUUAUUUCCAAGUAUUAACAUACUACAAAUAGUGUUGUGAUACGCUGCAGAUAUACCAGUAUAUUGAAGGUAUGAAUAGCAUUGAUUGGAUUGUGAUACAUAGUUUUAUACAACACUCAUACGUGUGAUGCAACACACAAACUUGUGUUGUAACACAAAAACUGGUGAUGUGGCACACAACUUGUAUUGGAACACACAUCCUUGUGAUGCGACACACAAACUUGUGCCGUAACACAAAAACUGGUGAUGUGGCGCACAAACUUGUUAUAUGACAUCCAAACUUGUUAUGUGACAUCCAACUUUGUGAUGUAACACACAUACUUGUGAGUGUAUUUAAUUGGUAUUCACCUCUAACUAAACUGAGAAAAUAUUGGAAAGAAAUACUUUGGAGGUAGAUAUAUUAAAUGCAAUUAUUAAUACAAUAUCGCUCUAUAGUUAAAUGUAUAUAAUUGUGUAUAAACUUCAUAGAUAGACUUUAGUGAUGUGUAAGUAUACGGGAGAUAUUGAGAUUAUCAUGGCCAAGCAUCUAUUUAUCUUAUUGUACCAGUAAACAAUGUCAUAUUUCUAUUGUACAGGUGGAUAGGCUAUGUUUGUGUGUGAGGGGGUGGCUAGGUGCGUGCGAGUGUGUGUGUGUGUGCGUGUGUGCAUGUUAAGGUGGCUAGGUGAUAGGAAGGGUGUGUGUGUGUGGGUGUGAGUGUGUGAGGGUGGCUAGGUGUAAGGAUGGGUGUGUGUGUAAGGGUGGCUAAACAUAAGGAUGGGUGUGUGUGUGUUAGGGUGGCUAGGUGUAAGGAUGGAUGUGUGUGUGAGGGUGGCUAGGUGUAGGAGGGUGGUUGUGUGUGAGGGUGGCUAGGUGUAAGGAUGGGUGUAUGUGUGUGUGAGGGUGGAUGGGUAUGUUCAUCGAUAGAGAGCUCUUAUGAUCUGAUAAAUUAAUCCUGGUUCUGUACUGAUGUAAAUAAUAAGAUCUGAAAAUGUUUGGAUGGUGAAUAAUGGAGGGACUUGGGAUUUGUUUUUGGUAUACUAUUAUACUGCAGUUGGCUGUUUAAAUCUAAAGGGUGUGAUAUUGGAUUCAAUGAUAUUAUGGAACUUGUGUCAAGAAUUUCUCAAAUUGACAUUUUUGUGCUGCUGAAGAGAAAAAGUGUAAAGCAGUCUUGUGUUUUGAUAGCAGUAAUUGUCAGAGUAGGAUUUAUAACAAGCAUGUAUUUUCCUUUGAAUUAAAAAUACACAGACCAUGCAAAUACACAUUUGGGAAGCCGUAUAAGAGUAUCUGUUGUCAGCCCGUGUUGGCUUCUCACCAGCAUGACUUUCUCAGUAACUUGUGGUAAUUAUUGAAGUGACUAAUUUAGAUAGCAUGAAUGUUUAUAUCACUGGAACUUCCAGCCGUGUUACAUCUUGUACUCACUGUAUGUUAAAAGUUAUAGUCCAGAAAAUGGUGGAACACCACAGAAAACUUGUAGUAUUACUUUGUGUAAAAAAAGCAUAUGUAUCAUAUUUAUUAUACCUUUUACUAAUUUGCUGGCAGAAUCUUUUUUUAAUAUUUAGUACCUACAAAGUUAUUAUUAUUUUUUUUUACCGUAUUAGGUAGUAUUUCUGGUUACAUAUCAAUUGUACUGCCAUAUUUUUGCACAUGUUAAAAUUCCACCUAUAUAUCUAUGUCUGUAUGAAAUGUUUCUAGUAGAGUUUAUAUUUCUGUGGAUCCUGAUGUUGGCACCAGGUCUGCAUUUCAUUGGAAUGCAGGAAUUUAGUUAACAGUUCACGUUACCUUACCUUACCAGUAAAACAACUCCCAUCAUUUCUUUCAAAAGAAAUGCCUGAGAAUACAAAUUUCUUGCUUAUAGAAAUACUUGCAUGAGACAUAUGUUAAUCUGGUGUUACACAAUACGAUCAAAUCAAUGAAGAGUCAUAGACUGUAUGUUGUACCUGUAGACAUUCGCCUGAAAGGCAUGUAAAUGUUGAGGUGGGUUUUAUUACUGUACAAAAUAAGAAUGCACCACUAUGUUUGUUUUUUUUUCACUGUACGAUAUAAGGAAGUACCACCAUGUUUGUUUUUUUUACUGUACAAAAUAAGGAUGCACCACCAUGUAUUUUUAAAGCAAAAAAUAUGAAUUAGACUGCAAUAUGCAGUAUUUUUUGGAUUUGCCUGUGAAGAACAGUGUUUAGUGAGCUAUGACAUGUACAAGAAUCAACUCUAGCACUUAACUGCUUGGGUCACAGCUUCAGUAAGAAAACUUCCUCUAAAAUUUAGCAAACUAUCUACUUAUUCAAUCUUGUUACUUGGUCUACAUAUAACUCUUUAAGAUUUUCUGAUGAGGUAAAUAUUUGUUGUAACAAAUUUAUUCGGCGUUCGAUACCUGUGCCACGCUAACUUUGGUUCCUGCUAUUGUUGCUACUAUUUUUGCCUGCUGUUUUGAACACAGUAUUACUGCUGGUGCAGGGCACACAUAAAGUACAUGAUGGUGCAGGCAUAUAUUAGUACCACUGAAGGUACAGGGCACACAUUAGUACCACUGAGGGUACAGGGCACACAUUAGUACCACUGAGGGUACAGGGCACACAUUAGUACCACUGAGGGUACAGGGCACACAUUAGUACCACUGAGGGUACAGGGCACACAUUAGUACUACUGAAGGUGCAGGGCCCUUAUUGCUACCACUGAGGGUACAGGACACAUACUAUAACUAUUGAUGGUGUUUGUUCUGUGAGUCUGUUUCUAUAAACUUCUAGCCUUUCUAUUGGAAAUCACAAUGGGACAGAUUUCUCAUGGUCACUCAUUGGAAUUUGUCUUCAAAAAUGAAAAAGUGUCCUUAGUUAAUUUCAAAAUGGGACAUUCAACACAAAACCCUGUCUCUAACAUGAAAAGAAUCCCUUAAAAUAAUCCUAUUUCAUAAGGUUUGGAUACAUGUCGGCGAAAAUGCUACAUACGUAAUAAACAGGAGAGACUCUGUACUAUAGUGAACCGCCAAAUUAUCUGUGUACACUGUUAGGCAUCUGUCACAUCACUAUAUUGUGAUACCACUUUCAUUAUAUAAAUAAUUUGUAACAUUCCAGCGUAUAUAUAACUGUAUAUUUCUACAUAAAGAUUAAUAUCUUGCCA